AGCUCCAUUACGUCCGCCCCAACAACCUGGGAUGAGCAAGGAGCGGCUGGGUUCAUACCUCCUCCCAUAGCAGUAGUGGGACUGUUGGCGCGAGUAGGACCUGGAGGAUUCGGAGGGACGGGCCCGCCUUUGAAAUUCGACGAGGUCAUGCAGGCUAUCGACGACACAUACGACUACACGCCUAAGCCCUUCAAAAAUGGGGACGUAACGAACCCUGCAGGAACUAAUGCGGGCUCCUGCAAGCUCCUCUCCCUCGGCAUCCUUCACGGCUUACCACCCGCUUCGUUGCUCGCCCUUUUC